AUGCCGCGGACGACACUGACAACAGGAGCAGCUGCCUCGCCUCGGACGGGACGACGGGCAGCAGCGCCACGGGCCCUGGCACCCUCUCAGCCAGGCAUGCUUGCGCACAAGUCAUAUGCUGAGGAAGUGACUCGUGGAAGAGGCACUCUGCCCAUUGCCUCAUCGUACCAUGCUGAUUUUGCAUCAAAGCAGGCGUUGACCAGGAACAGGCCCAUCGCCUCAAACGGCCUCGGCGCAACGACCGCAUCGAGAUCGCCUGGGAAGAACGUGGCAGAGCCUGUUCUCCGCUCGGCUGUGGCCAUGCCGGACAGAUCGCUGCGAAGGUCAAAGCCUAUUGCCUCUGCUAGGCCGGGGGCCACCACAAACGCCGCCUACCACUCGCCGGCAAAGGACCGCAACCCGUACUACACGCCGCCUUCCCCCGCCGCUCGCCCGCCGCCGACAUCAGCCGCCUCCUCGGCUCCACGCACGCCGGAUCGCCUCUCUCGUGCCAUGUCGUUUGAUGGCCGUGGUACAAACGCCACUCCGUCGUCGUCCCGUCCGGCGCCAGAGAUGCGCCUCCGCUCGCCCAUCCACGCCAGCGUUGACGGCCGGACCUCGGUCUCCACCGUCUCGGGCCAGGCCUCGUCGUUUGACGCGCCCAAGAACGGUGCGCCCCGACCCAAGCCCUCACCGCGCCCAUCGUUGCACCGGCCUAUCCGCUCGCGCGCCUUUGGCUCCACCACCGCAGCCGUGGACUUUAUCCAGGCCAAGGCUCCGAACGCAUCGUCAUCUCCCGCGUCCCAGGGCGUCUCCAACUAUGCCUCGCCGGGUGUCAUCCGCUACGCCGGUGCCGAUGGCAAGGCAAGUUGCUGGCAGGUCCGCAUCAACCCACAUUUGUUCGACGACUCGCAGCAGAAGAUUGCGCUUGCUUCCGGCGUGAUCGAGCUGGUCGGACCGAGCGCCAACGAAGCUGUGACAGACAUCAAGGCCGAGUGGGAGGCAGAUGGCCAGUCGCGGUUGCAGGGGAACCGAGCGAUUCCGCCGCUGGCGUGGCUCGGUGCGCUGGAGGCCGACGAGGAGGCGAGCUGCGCCGAGACUGUUACUGAUGACUCGCUGGUCUUGCUUGCACGCUGGGACGUGACCAAUGUGUUCCACACAAUGGAGGACAUGAUUACCAUGUUUGAGCACGCGCUACUCCUACAGGUCCAUCCUCGGUCGCUGCGGCUGCUCCUGGCCGACGCGUCGUGGAAGCCAGACGGCCCGUUCUUCCAGCUCUGGUCGCAGCUGUUCUCACCAACACCACCUCGGCGGAUUUCGGAUCUUGACCAGCCGAUCUGCGCUGCACAGGCUGUGCUGCCGAUUUUUGCCGGGGCAUCAAUCUUUGGUCAUCCGACCUCGGGCAAGCCGCGGAUGUGCGGAUCGGCAGUGGUCCGGGCCUUUGCUGACUAUGUGCGGGCGGCGCUUGGCGUGCCACCGCCACCCCCGCGCGCACCAGCGUGCACCCCAGCACAACCAUGCACCGUUAUCUGGAUCGACCGCACCGAGCCGGCCAACGCUACUCAUCGCUACAACCGUCAGCUCUCUCGCGACGACACGGCGGCGUUCAUUCAGUUCCUGCGCGACCACCUUGGCGUUAGCUACUCUGUUGUGGCGGUCGACCUCGAGAGGAUGGCCAUUGAGGACCAGAUCCGGAUGGUGGCUAGCUCGCGGGUGCUGAUGGGUGCCCACGGCGCCGGCCUAACCCUCUCGCUCUUUCUUCCGCGGUAUACCGCCGGCAACGGCGCGUCGCUUGUGGUCGAGCUCCCGACCCGUGACGUCAAUUUGCACUACCACAACAUGGCGACGGCGCUCGGGCACGACUAUGCCGCGGCCGACACAAUGCUGCGACACUCGGCGGAGAGGUAUACGCUAGAUGUUCCGCUGCUGUGGCGUGAGUGCUUGUCACAUGCACUGGGCAUACUCGAGGCGGCGCCGACCGAGUUCCUACGAGCAACACGAGCCGAGGCCGCGCGCCCCACCUCUGGCCGGCAGCUCUGCCACAACAUGACCGCCAACCUUGGCCUCCGCCUGGCGGUACCAGAUGAGCCACACUAUGCGCCGCUGUAUGCAGGAAAGCGAUCAUUGCGGGUCCUUCUUGUCGGCGACUCGCUGACCAAGGGCUAUCUGAUGCCCCGGCCCGAUCCGCCAGCAGACUCGCACCACCCAUACGCCCGCCGGCUGCGGGCGCUCCUCACCGAUGCUGCGCUCGUGACGGUGGUCGCCGAGUCUGGCUACACCGCGCGUCAGAUCACAAUCUUGGUUGAAGCCCACCUCACAGAUCCGAGCACGCCGUUGUACGACGUCGCGAUUGUGUUGGCUGGCACCAACGACGUCGGCAGAACGCCGUUCCCCCAAGCUCGCACCGACCUCUGUGACCUUCACAAGCUCCUCCUCGAGCACCUACCCCGGACUGUGGCACUAACGCUCCCGGGCCUUCCACCAAGCUAUACCGACCGCCUCACUGCCACCAACACGUACAUUGCCGAGCAACUCGCGGCCGAUGUCGAUCCAACCCGCGUGAGCGUCUUUGAUCUCGCCAGUGCCGUCCCCCACCCCAGCGAAGACGCCAGUCCAGCCAUCGCCGCCCUCUGGCUCCCCGACGGCGUCCAUUUUACACCCACCGGCUACGACGUUGUGGGCGAGUCCAUCUUCUACGGAGUCUUUGCCUGACACUCCCGCCAUCAAGCCCGCUGAUCAUAGCC